ACAAAUUACACGCGUCGAUUGCGGAAUUGAACGGUAACCUUUUUCUACGUGAGAAACAUUUUGUGUUCUGAUUAUCCGAAUUUCUAGAAUCGAUCGUCAUCAGGAUCAUCUUCUGAAUCGCACCACAUCACAGGGAUGUUUGCAGCGAUCAUAAUCACUCUUUAGUAAUGUCGCUUUGCCCGUCAUCAUCUCAUCAGCUUGUCGCAGCGGCAAUUGCUUUUCGACGUGCUCGUCGUAAAUUUCCGAAAGAUUUUGGCCUCGAAAGCACGAUCGAACGUAUAUCUGGAAACACAAAGGUCACCCAGGAAACCGCGACAAGCUGCGAAGGCUCCAUUAAUCAAGCGAAAUCGAGCUCUACGUUAGUGAAACGCGCGUGUAACUUGAGAUCCGAUCACGUUUGUCCGGCGAACGUGUGGAAUGGUCGCAAUUCCUGCAGCAAGGAGAAUUCGAUCAGCUGUAGUUGUUGCCGCGCAAGAAACAACGGCGAGGACAUUUCGGAGUUGCAGGACGAAUGCAGCGGUGGAGACGCAAUCGAUACAGUACCGAGUAGAGAACGCGAGCAUUUCGCAGCUUCGGAUACCGAUCGUAAAAAUGAACCUGUAAAAGCAGCUGAACGGGACAGAUGUGAUGUAGCGUCGAGAACGACAGAUGGUGAAGCUGUUAAAGCGACAGAAUGGAUUCCGCAAUCCGCGCGUUCAACAUUCUAUCAUCAUCGCAAAGCGCGUUGUCCGUCAGCUGUAUCCUACUCAAACUCGGAUCCUGUAAAUCUUCUGUAUAAUUCGGAGCCUCGUGAGAGAAAAGACAAGGUCGCGUGUGGCGACUUUUCGACAGACAGGGGUAAGGAUUUUGCAUCGACAAGUUUUCACGAGACAUCCAUCGAUCUUGACGGCGACGCAGAGGAUGUCGUCACGAGUGAUGCACAGAGUCGUCGUAGUCCUGGCAUAAAAGACACGUGGAUGAAGCUGGAUACCUCGUCCCGGAAAAUUGUAGAAUCGACCUGGCGAUGCCGAUGCGAGCAUUAUCCGCAUAAAGAAUUCGUCUCUGACUUGUUGAAGUGCAAUCAUUGCUGCAACGGGUGUCAUCAUUGUAAUCAUCGAUCAUGCGCUUGCUUUCAUCGGCAUUACUGUUAUCAGCAGCAAUUAUCUACGAGUGCGAAAGGAUGCAAGGUGUGCGGAUACGUUCCCGACCGAAAUGCUCAGCAUAAAAGCUGGCACGAUCAGAUGCGAGGCGAGAAUAGUCGAUUGUAUAUGGGGCAGUGCUGCUCGAAGGAAUAUCCUGGAAUAAUAUCAGCCUCUCGUGAACGAAACGAUGAAGAACGCUGGGAGAAGAACGGAAACGAAAAGGAUGACAAUGACGACAACGAUGAGGACGUGGCUGUUAUCAAUCACAAGGACUCCAUGUGCAUCCUCGCCGAAAAAUAUAAAGUCGGCAGGAAGUUCCGCGGUAGAAAGUGCGAGGAUAAGGUGAGAUCGGACGAUAGGACAGGGCGAGAAAGGAAUGAGUGUAACAAAUCGUUGACUUCGAAAGUCAUCGAUCAGCCGGAAUCGCCACUCGAAAACGCUGUUCCGCAUCAGAGGCCGAGCAUGAAACACGUUUGCCGAGCACAUUGCGAGUGCUGCGGGACCGCUUCAAGGAUCGCGAGAAACUCGUGUAGUCGUGGAUGUGGUCGACACGCGCCGCUGGAGGGUGAAUUCGACCGAUUCAAGUCCCCUUUGAACGAGACGGCUGCUACUUACCGCUGUUCAAGUCGAGCGCCUUGUAGACGUGCCUUUUAAUUCAAUUUCGUUUCGUAUACAAACACGUUUACGUACUUUUUACAUCAAUUUUCUCUUUUCUAGUUAUUUUUUAGCGUUACAAACAUUUCUUUCGUACAAGAGAGAGAAAGAG